AUGGAGAGUGGUCCCAACCAAUCGAUCAAAUGGGGGACGUAUCGAGAGGACGUCCGUUUCCAACUUCAAAAAUUCGAGUCCCUGCCACAGGAUGGUUUCGCGUUAAUGCAGUCUUACCAGGCCGUCCUUGACAAUGAUGAGACGUUCACGCAAUAUUUCUCAGACGAGCCACUCGAAAGUUACACAAUAGAGUCACGGCUAAGGGAAACAUUGGGCAUUCGUCCCCCGUGUUCUUCUGACCCCGAGAAUGGUCCCUCGAUUAGCUGGGUCAACAUUUUCCGACAUGGCAGUUUCGAAAAGCAGAGUGAUGGCACCUACCACUGUUACGAUCAAGGAAAUCGCGUUCAGAUCGAUGAGUCUCUGCACAAGAGUAUCUUACUCAACCGAUGCUUCCUCCCGGCGAACUCUUACCUGUGGCCAAGUCCCGCAGACGCUGAACGAGAGUCGGAAAUCACUUUGGCCAUAGAGGCCGAUGUCUUGGACGAACUCGACAGGAAUAUCAAAUACCUGGAGAAACUGAAGCGACUUCAGCUGUCACUGAAGAAACGCCGAAGCAAGCUUCAGGGUACUCGGGGCCCACUGAAAAGGUCUCGUACGCCGCAGACCCCUGGAUCACAGUAUCCUACUCCAAACGGGUCACGUCAUCCCACGGUAUCUAUUGAAGCACAUAAUACCCGUACACGCAGUCUAUCAGAAAGCUCUGGUGUCUCAAGCGGAUCGGACAUCCCCUUCGCUGCCCCCGGCGAUAUCUCAAAUCCGAUAUGUUAUGACACGGAGGAUGGCGAUAAUACAGUUGAUGAGGACUCGACCCAACAAGAGAGUUGGAAACUCAUGGCCGAAAGCAACCAGAAAGCAUAUAAUAAUGAAACCGGAGUGUCUGUGUCUGGACUUCUCAACAAUAGAAGGCCCGAGGCCACACAACGUCAGGAGCCUCAGCAAUUCCAAGGAGAUGUAUCAGCAAAACACCAGCUCCGUGGCAGCGAGGAUCUAAUGCGACCGCAUCCGAAAAAGCAAAAGACCGAGACAACCUCAUUAUCAGCAGAUACCGAGACCAUUGAUCUGAGCGAAGAACUGCCAAUGUGGAACGAGAAGGUCGAUACGCCCAAUAAACCGCAACCCAAAUCUUCCUCUGCAGGAAAGCAACGCAAAGGACAAAAGCGAACACGAAACAACUUCACCGAUUACGAGAAGGAGCACGCUCCAGCCUGGUUCAAGAGCCAGGUAGACGCAGGAACCCUUCCAGGCGAUAUUGAGAAGGCCUACGUUGAAAAAUUCGGUGUCUUUCACCGUUGGCUCACACUGAAGCUUUGGGUUGACCGACUGGAUAAAAGGGCAGCUAAAGCAGAGCGUCCGAGCAAAAUUGUGGUAUUGAAAGUAAAACUCCCGUUGGAUCUUCAUAUGGCCUUCUUGAAUGACAAUCCCUCCUAG